CAUUUACAACAGAAGAAUUCCCCUAACACACUAAUUCUUUCUCAUUUUGUGGGGAGGCCUAUGUCAACUAGCUCAGAGUCUUCCUUGAUUAUUAAACGACUCACUUUAAAGUUGAUGCAGCACUCUUGGUCAGUAUCUGCUCUGACAUUGGAUCCUGCUAAGCUUCUGGAAGAAUUUCCACGUUGGCUAGAAAAGCUCUCUGCUCGUCAUCAAGGCAGUAUCAUCAUUAUUAUUGAUUCUAUAGAUCAAGUUCAGCAAGUUGAAAAACACAUGAAAUGGCUGAUAGAUCCACUACCAGUGAAUGUAAGAGUAAUUGUUUCCGUGAAUGUAGAAACAUGCCCUCCAGCAUGGAGUGCUGGGAAAACAGGCAAUUUAGAUAAAAUCCUUCAUCAGUGUUUCCAGUGUCAAGAUACUGUUUCAUUAUAUAGACUUGUUCUGCAGUCUAUCCAGGAGUCCAUGGCAAAUGAUAUGGAUAAAGAACUAAUGAAACAGAUUCUCUGCCUUGUCAAUGUUAGUCACAAUGGUGUGAGUGAAUCAGAACUGAUGGAACUCUAUCCUGAGAUGUCCUGGGCUGUCCUGACCUCUCUUAUUCACAGUCUACACAAGAUGUGUUUGUUGACUUACGGUUGUGGCUUGCUCAAAUUUCAACAUCUACAAGCUUGGGAAACAGUAAGACUGGAGUAUAUGGGUGGUCCAAGCAUUAUUUCUUCAUAUAGGCAAAAGCUAAUCAAAUAUUUCACCAUGCAGCUAAGUCAGGACAGAGUGACUUGGAGAAGUGCAGAUGAACUCCCUUGGCUUUUUCAGCAGCAGGGAAGUAAACAGAAUUUGCACGAUUGCCUCCUCAAUCUCUUUGUGUCUCAAAACCUUUACAAAAGAGGACACUUUGCCGAGUUGCUGAGUUAUUGGCAGUUUGUUGGCAAAGACAAAAGUGCAAUGGCAACGGAAUAUUUUGAAUCACUGAAGCAGUAUGAGAAAGACUGUGAAGGCGAGGAGAACAUGAUUGGCUUAGCUGAUCUUUAUGAAACUCUGGGGCGAUUUCUCAAGGAUCUGGGUCUUCUCAGUCAGGCUGUGGUACCUUUGCAGAGGUCUCUAGAAAUUCGAGAAACAGCUUUAGAUCCAGAUCACCCGAGAGUAGCUCAGUCCCUCCACCAACUAGCAAGUGUAUAUGUGCAGUGGAAGAAGUUUGGCAAUGCAGAACAGCUGUAUAAACAGGCAUUGGAAAUCUCAGAAAAUGCUUAUGGCAUGGACCAUCCACAUAUUGCCCGUGAACUUGAGGCACUUGCAACUUUGUACCAGAAGCAGAAUAAAUAUGAACAAGCUGAACAUUUUAGGAAAAAAUCCUUCAGAAUUCGUCAGAGAGCCACAAGGAGAAAAGGCAACUUGUAUGGAUUUGCCCUUUUACGUAGAAGGGCCCUACAGUUAGAAGAGCUUACUUUAGGUAAAGACACAUCUGAUAAUGCUCGGACCCUCAAUGAACUGGGUGUCCUCUACUAUCUUCAAAAUAACCUGGACUCUAUGCAAUGAAAAGAAACAAUAUGAUAAAGCGGAAGAACUUUAUGAGAGAGCUUUAGACAUUCGGAGACGAGCAUUAGCUCCUGAUCACCCUUCUUUGGCAUAUACGGUGAAGCAUCUUGCAAU